AUGCCUGAAAGGCAGGUCGAGCGCCGCAUUCAGAACCACAGAAUCACAGCAAUAUUAAACAAGGACCGUUCGAUUUUCUUCCACGUCAUCAAUCCUCGUGAAUUCGAAAUUCGACGGCUCAGAUUACAGUUGCAGGAGCAACUGGUAGGACGAACCGAGCCCCUCUCAGUUGAUGACGAGGAUGACAACGGUGGCGAGGAUGGUGGUAACGAUGAUGACAGUGACGGAAACGGCGACGAAGAGGACGAGGAAGCGAAGGAAGAGGAGGAUUUGGGAACAAACUACUUCGUUCAACCAAUAGCACCUGCUGAAGAGGAGGAAGAUGACAGUGAUUUUCAGCAGGAAGGGAGCAUUGAGGAUGAGGAUAUUUGUGAAGAUGACGAGGUUGAAGAUGAUGAAGGUGCAGGAAAAGUUGAGAAUCCUCCAAAGAGGAAGAGAUCAGACAGGGAUGACUCUGACGAUGGUGAUGAUGGCGGACAGGAUGAUGAGAGACCAUCCAAGCGAUAGGAGGAUUUGAGGAAUGACCAUUGACUAAUAGGUCAAUCUCUCUCUCUCUCUCUCUGCCUCUCUAGUACACCCAAUUUCUUCUUUAUAGGAAGACAGAUAAAGGUGCUUGAUCCAUUCUGGUUUUUACUUGGUGUAUCAUGAUUGUUGCUGUAUUAACAGGUAACUGUUGUGUAGGCAUUUCAGGGUGUCUGAGAAAAACAAUGGAAAUAGUUUUGGAAUAGAAUUUGUGAUCUUUUAGGCAAGUUGUAGACUGUUUGUGACUUCGUAUCUCCAUUACCCCCCUCCCCACACACCUUGUUCAGUUACUGAAAUGAGUGUCUAACGAUUGAAAAUUAUUCGGA